UUUUCGCAGCUACUGCGAUCGUUUUUGUUGUGUAUUUUUUGUGUCAUUCAAUUCAUAGAAUAUACAAAACAAAAAUGAGAAUUAGUUUUUUGUUUUUGAUUAGUGUAACUAUUAUUACAUUUGACAGCGUUUUUGCGAUGACUCGUGCCCAGGUUAAAAAAACAAUGACAAUCAUGAAAAAUCAAUGUAUGCCGAAAAAUGGGGUUACCGAAGAUCAAGUUGGGAAAAUUGAAGAAGGUAUCUUUCUAGAAAAUCACAAUGUGAUGUGUUACAUCGCUUGCGUUUAUAAAACUAUUCAAGUUGUUAAGAAUGACAGACUCGAUAAAGACCUGAUAUCGAAACAAAUUGAUGUAUUAUAUCCUCAAGAAAUUAGGGAAUCUACCAAAAAGGCUGUUGGAGAUUGCAUUAAUUUGCAGGAAAAAUACGACGAUUGGUGUGAAGGUAUAUUUCGCUCGACCAAAUGUUUGUAUGAAAAAGAUCCAGCAAACUUUAUUUUUCCUUAGCGCUUAUUAAUAAUAGAAUUAAGUAUGUAGUUAAUAAACAGUUGAUUAUAAAAUGUAAUUGAAAAGAGUUUUGUGGAAUACGUGUGAAAAAUAAACUACUAACUAUUAACUAAUAUUUUGUAAUAUUAUGUCUCGCCGUGCUAACUGUGUCAUGCUAAACUUGACUUUCAUUAGUCUACUGCGUUCCUUCCAUAUCCUAUAUAUUAUUGAUAUUCCAUGAUAAUAUUUUUUUUUUAAUUCGUAUGUAAUACAUCUUAGAGGAUUAUUAUUUAAAAUCUUUAUAUUAAUAAUUUUUCGAUUUAAUUCGUUUGUAAUAUAUCUUAGAGGAUUAUUAUUUAAAAUCUUAAUACAAUUAACAAAUCCCCAUCGACUCUGUAUAACCGAUAUAUCGGCAAACGUAGCCGUUAUAUAUCUUACCUUCUUAACUUUACAACCUGUAUGAAUAUCGCCGCUGACCUUGAGACAACAGAUGCAAUACAUAUGCAUACCUAGGUUUGAUCAUUUGCGCUUGUAAAAAACUUUAAAAAAAUUGCAUUGGACAACAUAAUAUUGUUUGUUGUAAUUACGCAAACAUUAACAUAUAAAGUGUUAUUAAACAUAUAAGUGUGUUAAAUUAACAUAAAAAUUGUCACUCAAACGAUAACCUAACCACAAAUAUCUCAGAUAUCUUGUCUUUAUUGCUAUAAUUUCACAAUUACUAGAUAUUUUGACCAUUUUUUUUAUUGCUUAGAUGGCUGGACGAGCUCAGAGCCCACCUGGUGUUAAGUGGUUACUGGAGCCCAUAGCCAUCUACAACGUAAAUGCCACACCUACAUUGAGAUAUAAGUGCUAAGGUCUCAGUAUAGCUACAACGGCUACCCGGCCCUUCAAACCGAAACGCAUUACUGCUUCACGGCAGAAAUAGGCAGGGUGGUGAUACCUACCCGUGCGGACUCACAAGAGGUCCUACCACCAAAAGUCAUUUAAAAGCGACAUGAUAUUUAUAAGUUGAGAGGCGCGUUUUCCUCAAAUUUCUAACUUGAAUGAAAAGUUCUAUCAUUUCGGUAGCCCAUACCCAUACCAGAUACGAUUUUUUUUUCAUUCCUCUAUUAACUGAAGUAAAGUAAAAUCCUAUGUAAGAAUAAUAUCUUUCUAACAGUCUAUGGACGGAUAAUACUGCGCACUUUACUGCUUGUAGCAAUUAAUGAGUAAGAUAACACAAGUCAUGUCAAGUGAAACAAACAAACCGUCAAAUAAAAUAUUUAAUUCCA